UAUUCUCGUCUAUGUCGUCUGCUGAUCAGCAUAGGCUCGCGAGUGCUAAGAGACACAUUUGAUAGCAUUAUUCCACCGGAGAAUCUUCGAGAAUUCUUAAAACGUGACCAGGCGCACUCAAGGCUAAAGUUACUGCGAAAGAAAGGAGUCCUGACUUCAGUACAUUGGUGUAAAUUGUACCCUGCCACACCCACUGAAGUGUCAUCUGCAAGCUUUGAUAUCCCCCUCUUGACUGUGCUUCUAAGGACAAUCGGUAAUCUGAGUCCUCCACCCGCUGGCUGGGAUACACCUCCUCUUACAGCAGACACCAGUCGCGAGUCUGACAUUGCGCGCAUUAAGUACUUCAUGAACGCCGUGUCCAAACAUGCCACGGAAGGCACUGUGAGUGAUACUGUAUUCAGAAGCUACCGGCAGCAUAUCCGUGACACACUGGUACGAUUGGGUGGAGCUGAUUAUGAAGAUCUUAUUGAUGAAAUGAAAGACCAGGACAUUGAAUUCUUCGAUAACGAACAUUCCAGUGAACUUCUCAAGCAGUGGAAGAGGGUAGAAGAUGACAUCAAAGAGAAACUGAAUGAACUGGAAACUGAAGAAGCUUCUAAGGAGGAAGGUAUGAUUUACAGUAGAUCUUUUGCAGCUCGGGUGUCUUUAUGCGAUACCAUCCUCAAUUACCAGAGAUUGAAACAAACAGUGGCGGUUCUGCCCAUUUUUAGGUUUCAAACGAGGAAAAACUUUAUUUAUCAAUGGGAAAAGGCGCUGGAUCGAGAAAUUUUUUUCAUAUUUUUAAAACCCUUGUAAUUGUGCAGCCUUUCCAGCACCUAUAAAAUCUUAGUUUUAUGGUCAACCGUAAAAUGUGAUCGUAAUAAUAACGUCCUUUUUACCCUCGGCAGUAUUUAUAGCGCUGAUGCUAGUGGGGCCGAGCAAAUGUAGGCACUUUUUCAGUUUUAAAAUCCACUCCAGGGAAAAUCAAUUAUUCUCGUCCGUGUCGUCUACUGAUCCGCACGAGCGUAAAGAGAUACAUUUGAUAGCUAAAGCAUAGUUAAACCACAGAACCGUCAAGAAUUCUUAAAGCGUGACCCGGCGCACCCGGUGGCGCACCCUAGACUGAAGUUACUACGAAAGGAAUCCCCAGUAUGAAAACGUCAGUACAUUGGGGUAAAUUGCAUAUCGCCGCACCCACUGAUCAAGUGUCAUCUGCGAGCUUUGAUAUCCCUCUCUUGUCGUAGCAGCUGCGAGAAAGAGAAAGAGAAAAGAGAAAGUCGUCAGGACCUUUUUUAAAAAUAAUUAGUGGAACAGACAAGCAACCUUUCAAAUGUUGACAUAGUAAAUGGACUUAAUUGUUGAGGUUGUCAUAACCAUCUGACUCACCCUUCAUAUUUCAUACCUUUACAAACGGGAAUAAAUUUCUUGUAGUCAAAUUGAAGCAAACGUCUAUUCACGUUCAUUGUAUUUAAACAGGUCGUGAUAGUGCAAAUGCCCAGACAGACGUAACCAACAGUGCCUCUCAGCAGACGGAAGGCCUGAUUGAACACCGUGGAGGUAUUGAGGACUUUAUCAUGAUCAAUGACUUAUGACUUAAUUUUGAAUGAUGGUAACCGGCAAAGACUGUUCUUAUAAAGUUCUUAACAAUAGAUAAUAUAAUUUGAAUAAUUGAGUGUACCAGAGAACGUUGAAAAGGUAUUUAAUCUAAUGAAGAGCAUUAAACCUAAUUUUGUCCUUCUUAAACUGCAGGUGAAUCUCUCUCUUCCAUAAGAUCAAGAACUGUAAACUUCUCAGUUUGUUCAGCCGAGAAUUCACUGCGAAAGUGCCAAUUUANUUUACAAACGGGAAUAAAUUUCUUGUAGUCAAAUUGAAGCAAACGUCUAUUCACGUUCAUUGUAUUUAAACAGGUCGUGAUAGUGCAAAUGCCCAGACAGACGUAACCAACAGUGCCUCUCAGCAGACGGAAGGCCUGAUUGAACACCGUGGAGGUAUUGAGGACUUUAUCAUGAUCAAUGACUUAUGACUUAAUUUUGAAUGAUGGUAACCGGCAAAGACUGUUCUUAUAAAGUUCUUAACAAUAGAUAAUAUAAUUUGAAUAAUUGAGUGUACCAGAGAACGUUGAAAAGGUAUUUAAUCUAAUGAAGAGCAUUAAACCUAAUUUUGUCCUUCUUAAACUGCAGGUGAAUCUCUCUCUUCCAUAAGAUCAAGAACUGUAAACUUCUCAGUUUGUUCAGCCGAGAAUUCACUGCGAAAGUGCCAAUUUAGACCUGCAGGCCAAUGUCGGAUUCAGUUCCUCUUGCAACCAUUUGAGCACAAUUUAAGCCAAAACAGCCCCAUCAAUUAAAUGCUUUUUCCAACCCACACUGAGACUCAUAUCAGCCUAUGGACGCUAAUUAGCCGUAGGUAGUAGGACUGUAUUCGCCCUGAUUAAGGAAGCUAAGUGAGAGCCGAAAAUACGGUCGAAUCCCUAAGUCUUCGCAUUUUGGGUGGUCGCUUACGGGAGGUGGUCGCUUAUACAAGAAUAGAACCACAGGGUGCCUCUUCCAAGAUGAGGUCCGGGAACAUCUACUUUAUGGAAGAUAAUUUACUGCAUACAAUUUCUAAGUUACACCAUGUGCAGUUCCAUGUUGUCACUAAAGUUGUUCGUAUAUUCUAAGUAGCACAGUGCACACAGCGAACAUAGAGAUCAGAGAAUGCGUCAAGUGGUCGCUUACAAGAGGUUAAAAACAGUAGAAAAUCAUUCAACUUUCUGGCCCAAAAUGUGGCCGCGGUCGCUUACGGGAGGUGGUCGUUUACUAGAGGUUCCAACUAUAUAGCUUUGACUGGGAAGGUUUCGCUGUUACGUUUUGGAUAGGAGGUCGCUUUUGGGAGGUGGUCGCACGUGAAGGUUCCACUGUAGUACUGUAUUUCACUCACUGAAACGGUCCCAUUUUAUGGCUAAAACAGGUCUUUUUGAUUUACAGUGUAAGUAUUCUAUAUCGUUCACCGGAUGUAGGGAUGGAAAAUCUUCGAUAUUUGAGAAUUUCUGCUCUUUAUGUUUUUAACAAGCUCAUUCCCCCUUUCCCUGCCAUUUGAGCGCUUGCCACCCAAUCUUCAGUGGUUUUGUAGUACGUCAGAAAAUAUUUAACAUUUGGUUGCUGUCGUUUUCUACCGUAUUGAAAACCAAACAAACCAAGCUAUGUUCCGUUUUAUUUUUUUUCUCUGUUUUAGAUUUUUCAUACCCAACCGAUGUCAUAUAAAAGAUCUGUCAGCUCUACAGAACACGAGAACAACGCCUCCUGCCUCUUCCUUGGUUAGAAGAUUUUAGCUUUCAUCUCAAUGAAAGUUUUACCAGAUUAAAAAUCGUUGGCAAAGAAAAAACCCGAGGAGUACUUACUGACGAUAUAACCAAUAUGACUGCUAUCUUUAAGGCGCACGCAGAAUGCCAAAGGCCACGAACAGUCUUGAUCGAAGGAGAUCCUGGUAUAGGAAAAACUACGUAUUGUCAAGAGCUGGCGUAUGAUUGGGCAACUAAGCAGGACGAAUGGGACCCAUCUUUUCCAGAGAUUGAAGUGCUCCUGCUUCUCAAAUGUCACGAAAUUAAAUCUGACAUCUGGGAAGCUAUUAAUGAUCAAAUUCUCCCCGAAGAAAUGGACGAUCAAGCUAAGGAAUACUUCUUUAAAUUCAUUCGUGAAAAUCAGUCCAAGGUUCUUUUAGUUCUCGAUGGAAUGGAUGAAGCGGAUCCCAGCAACCUCAAAAAGUUCUUUAACCUUGUCGAGGGUAAAGAACUCUCAGGUUGUUACAUUGUUCUUACAUCUCGUCAUGAAGUUGGGAAGAAAGUAAGGAGAUUCUGUGACACUCUGUGGGAGAUUAUAGGAUUCAACAAGGAAGAUGCAGAAAGCUUUAUUCAUAAAUACUUUAAAAACGUCAACAAGGAGCUUUUGGCUGAGAAAACUAUAGAAAUGAUAUGGCCGCCUUUGUAUUCGGCAAGAUCUACAGACCUGCAUGAAUUGGCAAAAAAUCCUUUAAACACUGCUUUAUUGUGUGUUAUUUGUGAGGACUUCAAGGGCGUUUUUCCAACAAGCAGAACCCAACUAUAUAUUGAAAUAGUCAACUGUGUCUUAAGACGUUAUGAGAAAAAGCACGGACUAUCGAGCAACAAUGAUAACCUGUUGACCGUGUAUGAAAGAGACUUAUUUAAUCUUGGGCGAAUGGCUGAGAAACUUAUUGCAUUAUCAAAGUUUGGAUUUCUUUCACUCCAGGCGGCUGGCAGUAAGAGGAAAUCUCGUGUGCGUUACGCAUUUCUCCAUAAAAGCUUCCAGGAGUUCUUUUCUGGAUUCUAUCUUGCUUGCCAAAUAAUUGAGGGAGAUAUUGACUGUGACUCAGUAGUGACUGAUCAAAGUUACAAAGCUAGAUUAAACCAAGUGUUUUAUUUUAUGAGUGGAAUAUUAGCUUCAUUGAGCGAGGAGAUCGCAGAGUCUCUCGUGAAAAGUAUUUCUGUUGAUAUUAAUUCAAUGAGCCAUAAUCGUUAUGAUGAUCAUCCCUUGUCAGGACGUCUUUUAUUUGCUUUGCGUUGUAUAUCGGGAUACCCAAGGUUGGCUAGCACCUUAGGGGAGCGUCUUAACUUUACCCGUUUGAAUUUCAGCCAUGUUGGUGUGAUUGAAGACUCUGAUGUUGCUUCUCUCUCCCAGGCUCUCGCAGCCAACUCCUCUUUAUCUAAAUUCAGGUUGUAUGGGUUGGGGAUUGGCGAGUCUGGUGUUGCGUCUCUCUCCCAAGCUCUCGUGAAAAACUCUUCCUUAAUUCAUUUGGUUUUCAUUUUAACCGUGUUAGGGAUUCUGGUGCUGAGUCUCUUCCCUAUGCGCUUCUAGAGAACUCCUCCUUAACACAUUUGGAGUUGAAGUGGAACGAAAUUUGCGAUUCUGGAGCUGAGUCUCUUUCCAAGGCUCUUACAGAGAACUCCUCCUUAACACAUUUGGAUUUGAGGGGGAACAGAAUUGGUGUUAAUGGUGCUGUUUCUCUUUUCCAGGCUCUUCCAGUCAACUUCUUCUUAAUUUAUUUAGAUUUGAGCGAGAACAGAAUUGGUGAUUCU